UUUUCAUAUUACAGCCGUUUUUCUUUCCGCACAUUACGAGCGGGCGGAAGAACGACCGAGACCGUCCUUGCUCGGAGCGAAAUUGGUACACAGAAAGGUUCUUAGUGGUCGAGUCACUCUAGCCUGAGCUUUGUGUCCUUCUUUGGUUUACAUUUCGUCGGAACUUCUUCGAGCUUUCUACAGCUACUAUGGCAUCUUUAACGUACUCAAUAUUCGCUCACACGUGGGAAGCACGCAACCAAUACGCCUUGGAGACAUGUCCUAUCAGCAUGUCAUUUUGGGGCUCUGUCCUCUCGCUCACCGCAAAUGCGCUCUUCCUCGCGUUCUUUGCACCCUCAAUUAUUCUGUCCCUAGGCCAAGGAGUACUAAGGGAGAGAUUCCUGUGGUUCACCCUCACCAUGGUGUCUAGAUGUGCGCUAUCCAUCAGCUCCAUAACUGGUAUCGCAGGGGGGCAUAUAGAGGUGCAAGCAGUCAAUUAGGCGGUGAGAGCCAAACUAGGUCGGUUGGGCUAAGGUGUAAGGUCUCUGGCGCUGGACAGAGCGGGCUCAUAGGUGAUUAUAUAAUGGAUAAAAACAUGCCAGACCUAAAC